GGGCCGAGGAGGCGGCGGCGAGAGGAGGCGGAGGAGCAGCAGGCGCCGCCAUGGCCGCCGCGCUCGCCGACAUGGCCGACCUGGAGGAGCUCUCCCGCCUCAGCCCGCUGUCCCCCGGCAGCCCCGGGCCCGCCGCGGCGCGCGGCCGGGCCGAGCCGCCGGAGGAAGAGGAGGAGGAGGACGACGAGGAGGAGGCGGAGGCAGAGGCGGUGGCCGCGCUGCUGUUGAACGGGGGAGCGGGCGGCGGCGCGGGGGGCGGCGAGGCGGAGACCAUGUCGGAGCCGAGCCCCGAGAGCGCCAGCCAGGCGGGCGGGGACGAGGACGAGGACGACGAGGACGACGAGGACGAGGGCAGCAGCAGCGGCGGCGCCGAGGAGGAGAGCAGCGCCGAGAGCCUGGUGGGCAGCAGCAGCGGCGGCUGCAGCGGCGACGAGACGCGCUCGCUGAGCCCGGGCGCGGCGAGCAGCAGCAGCGGCGAUGGGGACGGCAAGGAGGGCCUGGAGGAGCCCAAGGGACCGCGGGGCGGCCCGGGCGGCCCGGGCAGCGGCGGCGGUAGCAGCAGCAGUAGCGUGGUGUCGAGCGGCGGCGACGAGGGCUACGGCACCGGGGGAGGCGGGAGCAGCGCGACCUCCGGGGGCCGGCGGGGCAGCCUGGAGAUGUCGUCCGACGGGGAGCCGCUGAGCCGCAUGGACUCGGAGGACAGCAUAAGUAGUACGCUAAUGGACAUAGACAGCACAAUUUCCAGUGGACGUUCAACCCCGGCCAUGAUGAAUGGACAAGGGAGCACUACUGCUUCAAGCAAACACAUUGCCUAUAACUGUUGCUGGGACCAGUGCCAGGCGUGCUUCAACUCCAGCCCAGACCUGGCAGACCACAUUCGCUCCAUACAUGUAGAUGGUCAGCGUGGAGGGGUAUUCGUUUGCUUGUGGAAAGGUUGUAAGGUGUAUAACACCCCAUCUACCAGUCAGAGUUGGUUACAGCGGCACAUGCUGACACACAGUGGAGACAAACCUUUCAAGUGUGUAGUUGGUGGCUGCAAUGCCAGCUUUGCUUCUCAGGGAGGGCUAGCUCGCCAUGUACCCACACACUUCAGUCAGCAGAAUUCCUCAAAAGUUUCUAGCCAGCCAAAGGCCAAAGAAGAAUCUCCUUCUAAAGCUGGAAUGAACAAGCGGAGGAAACUAAAGAACAAAAGACGGCGCUCAUUACCGCGGCCCCAUGAUUUCUUCGAUGCACAAACACUGGAUGCCAUAAGACAUCGAGCCAUAUGCUUUAACCUCUCUGCUCAUAUAGAGAGUCUAGGGAAGGGCCACAGUGUUGUUUUUCAUAGUACUGUAAUAGCUAAGAGAAAGGAGGAAUCUGGAAAGAUAAAGCUUUUGCUUCAUUGGAUGCCCGAAGACAUUCUGCCAGAUGUAUGGGUGAAUGAGAGUGAACGACACCAGUUAAAAACUAAAGUAGUUCAUUUAUCAAAGCUACCCAAAGAUACUGCCUUGCUGUUGGACCCAAACAUUUACAGAACAAUGCCGCAGAAGAGGUUGAAGAGAACUCUGAUAAGAAAAAUGUUCAAUUUGUAUUUAAGCAAACAGUGAACGACAUUUGCAAUCAACUAAAAAUUCGUCUAUCGAAUUAGGCCUGAGAAUCACUGUUAAAGAGUGUUGCCGUGUGUCUGGUGGCUCCCUUUUCAGGACUAGGGUCUCUCAUGGGUACAGCGUGUUAAUAUUUACCUACAUAACUCUUUUGUUAAUGGUUUUUGAAAAAAACCUGUUUCAAAUUAUUUGAAUAAUCUCCAUAUUUUCAUUUAACCUCUGACUCUUUAAUUUUUUUUCCCUGAGGAAAGUGUUUUUUGAGUUUUUUUAAAUGUUAAAAAGUGUAUUUUUUUUUUAAAUAUCUUCAAACUGAAACUUUUAAGCACCAAAGUUGGUUUUGAAAAGGAAAAUAAAAUCACUUUCUUGCUUGGCAGGCAAGAAGCCAUAUGGAAUUUUUUUAACUUUUACAGAAAUGUGUGACUUGUCAGUACUGUAUCAAACAAAUGUUGCAUAGAGAUAAUAGAGCGUUGCUUGUAAAUAAUUCAGCAGAUUUGUAAUAUAUUUUUCUAUUAUGAAAUGUACUGUAGAUGUUUUCUAGAGGCAUGAAAGUCAAUGUAUAUAUUAUGGUAGAAAUAAUAUUGAAGGAAAUUGUAACUCACUAGUGCUGCCAGAGGGAUUGCUAACAAAGCACCUUUAACGAGAGAUGUCUGCAGACUGAAGGGACUGUGUACUACUGUUAAUGUCUAAGAACAAAGCAUUGGGCAUCCUUCCAGAAAGUCUCUGAGGGAGGACCUAGACCCAUAAUAGAAGUUUAUGGCACUCCCCUCUGACAGUGGCUGAAGUCGCUGUUCCUUACUGUUGGGAGCAUGUACUGUAAAGUACCUGCUGUGCAGUCAGACUGCAGAAAGCACUCCUCCCUUGGAGUUCUCACUCCCUACAGUGACAGCAAUACCAGCAGUUUUUACUCUAAAUUUUUUAAAGAAUAGACAAAUAUAAAUUUAAUUCUUUGGUUCCGAAAUGGGAAAGGUUCCGCGAUACUUAGAUCAUUUCUCAUUUGCUUAAAAAAGAAAGACCACACGCACAAGGUCCUAAAAGAAUGGGGGGCUUUAACGGGUGAAGAGGUAGGGAUGGAACAGUCGUGGAGCCUGAGGGAUGAGUGGGAAAGCACUGCAGAUGGGCACGCUCGCUCGGGAACGGUCGGCUAAGAUGCUCUGUAGCUAACAGGAGUCUAUUUUCAGAAGAAGAAAGCAGUGUGUUUUUACUAUGUUUUUCCUUUCGCUUAAGCACUUCAUCAUUUGUUUUAUUCUGUAUCUGCAAAGUACUCUCCAAUCUCCUAUGUUCCUUUAACAUUUUGGUUUGUUAAAAUAUUGCCAAAUAGAGUGUUUGAGACAUAUAGUUUGUACCUGUAUUUUUAUUUUACUGUCUCAUGUUCUUGUAAGUCAUUCUUAAUUGACCGAUGAUUGAUUGUAGACCUUGCUUGAGUAUUUUUUCUAAUAAAACAAAGCAAAUUACACUUAGCUUCAAAUUGUAACAAUUCAAUUUAAUCUUAGGAUGACACCUGGAAAUAUACAUUCAACAUUGUCUUUAGGUGCAUAGAGAACAUACGUUACUAUCAAUGUAGAAAAUUUUUGAUGUCAAACCAUACUGCUGGUUAUUGAUUAGCCUCUGAGUACCCAGAUAUUCAUGGUCCCUUUGCUUCUGAUUGACCUCGGCUUGACACUUGUCAGCACACCAAAAAGAAUAAUAAGUAAACUAAUUUUGUAAUUUGUGUGUAUGAAUGUCUACACCUACAUUCAAAUGUGAUUGGAAAGUUAAGUCUGUAACAUCCAUUAAUGUUUCUUCUUACCCAGCUCCAAUCUUCCUGUGCCUGUCUGUAUAUGACAUUCAUGGUGGACCUGGGUUGUUUCUGCCCCAAAUCCAUUUCUGGACAGUGUAGACCAUAGGCACUGCUCUCAUUUUCAUAGCUGUUCCUUGUCUUUUCCCUGCAGUAGCCUAUUGGAGUAGUGAGACUAUAGGGGCCUGAGCACCUGAGGUAUUAAUGUCUGCUCUGUACAGAGGUGCUUAUUCACAUUGUGUAGCUGGUAACAUUUUUGGAGCAGUGAACACAGACCACACAGUUUGCACUCAGUAUGGCCAUGUUGAUAGUAGUAGUGAGCCCGGGGCUAGAGCUCCAAGAAGAUUGUUUAAUAUACGUUACAGGGAGUGCUGCCACAGGUACUGAAGCACAUGGCGUUUGGGUGGAACUUUUCAUGUUGAAUUUCUUAAUAUCGUUGAGGAUCUACAAUUUUACCAUGCGUGCUUUGUCUUACAGGGAUUGAAUGAGAAUCUGUAAGUCAGAUUCUGCAUUUCAACCACAAGUAACAUUUGUUCUAUCUAAAAGAAUCUUGAAGUAGUAAAUAUUGUAAAAAUUUAAAGUUCUUUAUUUUUCUAGUAAACCUGUUCAUACAUUAAUGUGGUUGCACAUUAAUUCUGAAUUUCAGAUGAAAAGAAAAUAAAGUGGACAAUACUUAACCCUCAA